AUGCGCGAGAGGGAACGGGACUUUGCUACACUAGUCGAUAAGGCGAAGAUCGUCGAGGAAGUGAACCGUACUAAGUGCCAGAACCAAGAGAGAGGUAGGAGCAAGAGGAAUUCGGAGCCUUCGAGUUUCGUUCAGAGGCCUAAGAAAAAGGCCAGAGUUGAUGGGCCGAUCAGUGUUGGGGCUCCUAUUGCUACUACUGGACAGCUGUCGUGUAUUGAUUAUGGUAGAUGUACUGUACCACCACUGAGAGGCCGUGGUCAGGCCCGAGGUAGUAAUGGGUUGGGCCAUAGUCAGAGAGCACCGGGCAGAGGUGCUGGUCAUACUGAGGCGAAACAACAGGCUCUAGUUUAUACUGCAUAUUGCCGAGAGGAUGGAGAUACUCUGGACGUCAUCACGGGAUCCACUCACUCCUAUAUAGCUUGUACUAUGUCUGAAAACUUGAGUAUCUUGGUUGAGAGCACUACAAGUGAGGUGACUGUACUGAGUUCGCUGGGACAAUCAGUAAGGGUGAAUAAGUUGUUUAGAGAUGUUCCUCUAGAGGUUCAAGUGGCUAUCUUUCUAGCUGAUCUGAUGGAACUGCCUUUUGGAGAGUUUAAUCUGAUACUGGGAAUAGAUUGGUUGGUUAAACAUCGAGUGAGCUUGAAUUGUGUCACAAAAAGGGUUGUAUUGAGAACUGAGGAGGGUAGCAAGGAUAUCAAGACGGUUAAGGACUUUCCUGAUGUAUUUCCUGAAGAGCUACUAGGGUUACUUUCGAAUUGUGAAGUAGAGUUCGAGAUUGAGCUCCUUCCUGGUACAACUUCAGUGUCCAUCGCUCCCUAUAGAAUGAUACCGAAAGAGCUUGUGAAGUUUAAGGCUCAGAUUCAAAAGUUACUAGAUCGUGGGUUCAUCUGCCCUAGUAUGUCUCCAUGGGGAGCACCAAUUCUACGAGAGAAACAACUAUACGGCAAGUUCUGUAAAUGUGAGUUCCAGUUACGGAAAGUAGCAUUUCUAGGAUAUGUGGUUUCUAUUGAGGGGAUUAGAGUCAAUCCUCAAAAGAUUGAGGCUGUUUUGGAUUGGAAGCAGCCUAAGAUUGUAUCUAAGAUCCGCAAUUUUCUGGGACUGAUAGGGUAUUAUCGACGUUUUGUAGAAGGGUUUUCAUUGAUUGCGGCACCUUUGACUAAGCUGUUACGCAAGGGUAUGCCGUUUAACUAG